AAAGAUCGUACCGUACCUACUUGUGCACGAAAGUAUUUUUAUUAUUUUAUUAGUUGCAUCAUGUGUUUGUCAUGACAUUACGAACAUUUCAGCGUUACUGUUAAUUUUCUGUAUCCGAAAUACUUUUUCCUCAAAAUAUUCCUUGUUGACUGUCAUAUGUCUUAAAUAAAUGAGUUAUCUUGGUACCUUUCGGCAUGUUUAGUACUCUCUGUAUCCAUCAAUGUCAGUUUAAGAAAAUUCACGCCGACCGCAGGGACUGGCCGCUGCAUCUUUCUCAGUGUGAGGGAGAGGGGGCGCCUUAGCGAGUUGAUCAGAAAGGUUGGUCUUGCGGGUGGUAGGGGGUGUCGUCCUGAGCGCUCGUGUUCCUUGCCUCAGUGCGCGACUGACUACGGUUGCAGCCACGCUGAGCUACUUCUCUCUUUACAGAUAUACGGCGACUUCUUCAGGGCAAGUCUGCAGCUGCAGCUGUCUCUUAGCUUCCGGAGAUGGCUUUCGACGACGUGCUCGUGCGGCUGGGGGUGUUCGGCAGGUACCAGAAGCGAGUAUACUUGCUCCUUUGUCUGCCUGCCAUUUCCUGCGCAUUACACAAGCUCGCCGGUGUCUUCUUGUUGGCAAAAGCAAAUCACAGGUGUCAACUACCCUGCGAAGAAACCAACGCCAGUUACCAACUGGACAACAGUGUAUGGAAUACAUCUUAUCCUUGGGAUUAUAAAGCAAAGACUUGGUCCUCCUGCUAUAGACUGGACGCUAAUUUUACGCCAGGGACAUGCAUGAGCGGGGGUGGGAACACCUCCAUGCCAUGUGACGGCGGAUGGGUGUAUGAUCGUUCCAAGUACCACAGUAGUGUGGUCACUGAGUGGAAUAUGGUAUGUGACGAUGCGUGGUUACGGGCUACAGCCGAUUCUCUGUUCAUGGUGGGUGUGCUGCUGGGGUCUAUUAUCUUCGGCGAUCUUUCAGACAGAUUCGGACGUCGACCAAUCUUUUUCAUAUCGCUAGUACUUCAGGUAAUCGGUGGCCUGGGAGCCGCCGUUAUGCCUGAAAAAAUUGGAUUUAUGUUGGCUCGAAUGCUCAUCGGCGCAACCACAUCUGGCGUUUUCCUGGUUGCCUACCUAUGGAAAUGGUGGGUCCUAGCAAACGGCUUGUGGCAGGUGUUGUAUGCCAGUUCUUUUUCACUACUGGUUACAUCCUUACAGCAGCGUUUGCAUACUUCAUCAAAGACUGGCGCUACCUACAAAUUGCACUAUCGCUGCCAGGAAUUUUAUUUCUUUGUUAUUGGUGAGUCAGCUCGUUGGCUUCUCACAAAGGGACACAAGGAAGAGGCAAAAGAAUUACUCCAACGUGUAGCAAAAGAAAAUAAUGUAACCAUUACUGAUGAUUUGCUAGAUGAGCUAUUGGAAUCUGAAGUUGCAACUGCAAAUGAAGAAGACUCAACACCAAAACCAUCGUUACUAGAUCUUAUGCGUCAUAGAAAUCUGCGACGCAAGUUUGUCAACAGUGGUACAUAUUAUGGUCUUUCUUGGAAUACUUCAAAUUUAGGUGGAAAUGAUUACAUAAAUUUUUUCAUCUCUGGGGCUGUGGAAAUACCAGCUUACAGUUUUCUGCUACUUACAUUAAAUCGUUGGGGCCGCAAAACCAUUUUAUGUGGUUGUAUGCUUCUUGGAGGAAUUUCCUUACUGCUUACUAUUGCAGUGCCAAGCAAUUCAGUGUGGUUAUUGAUAACAUUGGCUAUGGUGGGGAAAUUAGCCAUUACAGCAUCAUAUGGCACCAUAUAUGUGUUCACAGCUGAACAGUUUCCAACAGCAGACUAUUGGACACCUCUACCUCUGAUAAUAUUUGGAGCUCUUGCAUUUACUGGUGGAUUAUUGUCGUUGUUGCUGCCUGAAACCUUAGAUAAGAAAUUACCUGAUACUAUUGAAGAAGGAGAAAAAUUUGGAUUAGGGCAUGAUAAUCCAAUUGAACUACAAGAAGAUAUUGUAGAAAAUGGAAUUAGUGAAAAGGAAAAUGCAAUGAAACCAUCUCCUCAGAAGCAAUGACCAGAGGAUCUUCAGGGUACUCAGCAUUUACAUCUAAACAUGCACCAAAGAAUGGCAUCCAUCGGCCUUCGAUUCAAAAAAAAAUUUAAACAUCAUAUCAUCUGUACAUAUUUAUGACAUUAAAUUUACAUAUCAUUUUUUACCUAAAAAUGCAUUUUAUUUAAAAUUCUUAUAACC